GGACUAUCCGUCCUCGCACUAGUAUUUCUCGGUCGGUUGUCUGGGUGGCCACCAGUGUUACAUAUCGCGCAGUAGACGACCAUGAAGAAGUCUGAACUGGCCAAAGCCAUCCGCAAGAUCCUGGGCGCGUCCGACCUUGAGACCAUGAGCCGCAAGAUGGUGCGCAAGCAGCUCGAGACCACGUUCGGCGUGUCCAUGGAAGAGUACAAGAGUUUCAUCAACGAGGAAAUCACCAAAGUGAUUGAAGAGCAGGAGGAGGACGACUCGGGCGACGACGAAGAGGAGGUCGAUGCGCCGCCCCCGGCCAAGAAGGCCAAGAAGGCGAGUGGUGCGGCCAAGGUGAAGGCGGAACCGAAGAAGCGCGCGCCGCGAAAGAAGAACGAGGACGGGAGUGCCACCGGCGGGUUCGCCGUGGAGAUGCUGCUGAGUCCGGAACUGUCGGAAGUACUGGGCAUCACCCAAAGCAGUCGGCCGCAACUCGUCAAGAAGAUGUGGGAGUACAUUCGCGAGCAAGGGCUGCAAGACCCGAACGACAAGCGCACGAUCAUCCUCAACGACGCCCUCAAAAACGUCUUCCAGCGCGACUCGUUCACGAUGUUCUCCAUGAACAAGUACCUGAAGCGACACGUGCUCAAGCCGGAGGACCUGCCGGCCACGGGAUGGGCCGACAUCCAACGCGAUGGCGAGUCGAGCGAAGAGGACGAGGAGAAGACCGCCGAGAAGGAGCGCAAGAAGGCAGCCAAGUUGGCACGGAAAACACAUCUCAAGGAGACGGGCGAGAAGCCCAAGCGCGCGCCGCCCGCGCCCAACUCUGGCAUCAACGCGCCGCUGACGUUGUCGGAGGAGCUGUCAGACCUGUUAGGGGAAGUCCAGAUGAGCCGGCCGCAGGUGGUCAAGAAGCUGUGGGAGUAUAUCAAGGAGAACAACCUGCAAAAUCCAGACAACAAGCAAGAGAUCAACUGCGACGACACGCUCACGCACUUGUUUGGCGAGGACAAAGUCACCAUGUUCACCAUGAACAAGCUGCUCAAGCCGCAUUUGCUGGGCAAGGCCAAGCUGGAAGCAGUAGACGACCAUGCAUAGACAGACGAACCAACGACCCCAUCCGUUGUGGAGCGAAUUGACGACAUCAUAAACCACAAAUAUGUACACACGAUUACCCUGUAUCUAGUGAGGUUUUAUCGCAAGCGAUCCAAACAUGCUAGUAUAGAUAGCUUUAAAGGUCGAGCAACCCGCGAUUCUGUUCCUCUUUGGUCAGCUUUUCCUGCUCCAGAGUCUCCUUGGCCAAUUGGUACUCCGCGGCAAUCUGGUCGGUGGGUUGCGUGGUGGCGUAUGCCGACCCGAGGUAGGUCGAAUCGGCCGCGGCUACCUUGGCGUACUUGAGAAUGGCUUCGCGCGGGUCUUCGCUACGGAUGGACUCGCUCUUGAUCUGGUCGCGCAUGAAGAACUGCGUGAGCGUGCUGCCGCCCGUGCUGCCGCCAAAGCCGGGGCCGGUGAUGGGUUUCGAUGGUUUCUUGGACGCAAUCGGGUCCAGUCGGAUCUGUGUUGUGCAACCCCAUUCACGC